CCAACAUCACAGGCUAAUGCAGCUUCCCAUCAUGCCAUUUAAUCUCCCUUUUUGGUCUGUUUGACCGUCGCCCGGUUUGCCUUCAUCCGUCCUGUCAAACCGACUGGAUCUGCUGUCUGUGUCCGCCAGCGGGAUGAAACCGACAUAGUGAUAACGGAGCAUCCCCCCGCGUCCUCCUGUCCACGAGCGGAGCUUUGCUCCCACUCUCCUACCGACGGAGAUAUGAGACAUCCACUGCUCGAUGCAGCCCUGACAUUGUGGCUAUUUGUAGAGUGUGUAGAGGCGAAAAAGUACUGCUGGUAUUUCGAAGGUGGAUACCCCAUCUACUUCAUAUGCCGUUCCUACGAGGACUGCUGUGGGACUCGCUGCUGUGUGAGAGCCCUGUCCAUCCAAAGACUAUGGUACUUCUGGGUGCUGCUGAUGAUGGGAGUGUUGUUCUGCUGUGGUGCAGGCUUCUUCAUUCGCAGAAGGAUGUACCCGUCUCCUUUGAGAGACGAGCCAGCCUUCAAUGUCUCCUUCACUAGGCACCCUGUUACCACACCAGUUUCCCAGCAGCCAGGGAGCAUGCAGGGCUUCGGGGUGAAUGGAUUGGCAGGAGGCGACCCAGGGGUUACCGUGACACACCCGCCGUACCCGCCACAGCCUGGCUCCACCCACAUGAUGAUGGGUUCCUAUCCGCCACCUCCGUCGUACUGCAACCAUCCUCCACCAUCCUACGAACAAAUAUUUAAAAACAGCGACAAGAAGUGAUGUCUGCAAGGACUCGAGGAUGAAACGAAAUAAGGGAAUGUGGCACUGAGGCUGAAUCAUCAGGAUGUUUAGACACACAGGGACACGUGCCAGUGGACAGCGUUUUUUGAUGUAAAAACUGGAAGACACACACUCUCCUCCCAUGUGGAAAAGACUGAAAAAGCACAGUAACCAGUCACUCAUUCACCAUUUCCUUUCUAGCUCACACUACACACAAACACAUUCAUCUGAGGCCUCCUUUUUCUGAAUCCACAUGUAUGUACCAGCUUUCUGAACUGACGAUAAGUGAGGAUGGACGGAGUAAGUCGGAGGUUUCAUUCAGUGUCUCGCUCAGAAAAAGAAACUGCCAUGUGCAUUCAACAUUUUGAUUUUUAAAGGUUCUUCUUCUAUUAGGAAAACUGAAAAUACUGACAGCGAGCUCCAUAAUUAUAAAAAGGUCAGUUAGAAAAUGCCUUCUGUAGCCAGCAUUUUAGUGCAACAGCUCUUUACAUACCGAUGAGAUCACGAUCCAUUUUAUGUUACAGAUGUUUUUCCCAGUCAUGUAAAGACAUAACGAGCAGGCAGCGGCUCCUUUUCCUGAAAGCAGUGACAGUUUCGCCUCAACACAAUUUAUGUUCUCACUCUUUUCAUCAGCGUCAGAUGUCGAUUCUUAGUGCGAGGACAAACGAGAGGGCGUGUCACUUCUCUGAGUUACACUGAGAUGAGCUCUUUGGGUAAAUGUGUGUGCCUGAGAGCAGCACAUGUGUAAGAACAGGAACACCUACUGUUGUUUUGGGAGCAGUGUUUGUGUACUCAUUCAAAAAAGUCAUGCAUCACAUCAUUUGUCAUGCUACUCGCUACAUUAAUUUUGCAUUACUCACCAACAUGGCCUGUAGUACACCAUUAAGUUAACAUAUACCUUAGCCCGCAGUCCCACUGACACAAGAACACACAAGGUGUUUUUUUGUUGUGUCUGACUGCUCGUCUGUGCUUUUGUCGAAGUCAAAAGUCAAGCUUGGUUGGGGUCAGUAUGCGUUCAGUUUUACAUCAUUCUGGGUUCUGUUGUUUUGACUACAUUUAUUGGCCUUUCUUUGUCAGGUAAUUAAAACAGUUACAUCCCAGUUUAAAGUAAAAGAUGGUACUGUGUGUGUCUGUGGGACAGCAGUGAUAUGUCUUUUCCAUCAUCGUAAAAUUCAGUCUAGCCUGAUUUCUUACAGACUGUCAGGUUGUCAGACAACACAAAGGCAGAUUUAGCAGUGUAUCAGUGAAAGCAGAAAAAAGACACAGCAGCACACCAGAACACUAACAUAACCACUGCAACAACAUAUGCCAGUUCAGAACUGCUGAAUGCAGGAUGUGGAUGGUAGCAUUUUCCAUGGCUGUGUGACGGAUGGUGCAGCAGCGAUGCUCUUCUAUCCUCUGUCAGACCUGCUGAGUCACUGUGUGUGCAGAGCACAGGCACAUCUAGGAAACCAUCACUUGCAUUCAUCUUAUUUGAGGAGGUUAAUGGUCCAUAUACUCUGCAAAUGUGACCUUCCUCUAUUUAACAAGCUUUUUGCUACGAUGCUCAUUUUUCCAUAACAUUGCUGCAACAUGCAUCAAUCCUUAGUUUGCACAUUUUUAUUAAAACCCCUAAAAUUAGAGCUGCAAAUUUAUAAAAUACAUGGACCUAAAUUAUUAUUUAGCAAUUCUUGAUUAUUUAUGCGCAGUAAAAUUUGAUUUGAUGCUUGUUCAAAUGAUUUAUUCUUGCACAACCUCUGGUACCUGAUGAUGAAGAUAAAUGGAAUUAUGUAUUAUUGAUGCUGUGGUUUUAAUUCAUUUACUGGCUCAGUGUGUUUGCAUGAGAGUGGCGGGCAGCUCUCAGGCUGUCUCUGAGUGUUAAAUAGUUAAAUGCUGCCGAAUGUCCAUCAGUCCUACAUGUUGAAGCAUGCAUGCCCUGCUAGUGUUAUAUUUUUUUAAUCAGGCAGGGGAUCUGGACACUGUGUUUUAUCUGGUUAUUUCACACUGAGUGAUGUUCCUUUAAAGGUUGUAUGUGACAGUAAGUGCACGCUAAAAUGGGCCGUUAGCAGUAUUGGGGCACAGUGUACAGGAACCAUGCAACAUUAUAUGCUGUAGAAUGCAUCGAGCUAAAACCACGAUGGUCAGUAAACCUCAGAGCCAGCAGCAGCACAAGGCAGCUGAUCACAAUCUGCACACAAAGAACAUAAAACAAGUGAUGCUCUAAGUAGUGUUUUGAACACUGGGACAUGCUCAUUAGUUCACAUGAACCUGUCUGUGAGCAUAAUAUGGUUUGCCCAUCAGUGUCAGCACUGAGCAGGGCACCACGAUUUGAUCUACAAUAUUAUCUGUCCAAAGUCAUGUUCAGUGUAACACACAGUGUCACAGCACUAAUUCAUGGUUUGUGAUGACAUCAAAGACAUAUUGUACAUUUACCAGGAUAAGAACCUUUCCUUAUUGCCUUUUGUCAAACCAUUCACUGUUCGGUAUGCUAAUGAUAUUCCAGACUCACUGUAUACAUAUUCUGACACAUACUCUGAAUAAUUAUGGCUGAAUAUAACGAAAAUUUGGAAAAGGUGAUUUUUCCCCCCCUUUUUGGUAUUGUAGGUACUCUCAGCACAGUAUGUACUGAGGCUGUAGCUCAUUCACUGCUGAAGAAGCAGGAAACCCACAAGCACAGCAAAAACUGCAGUAAUCUACUUUAGGUUGUUUCAGGUAGCGACACACAUUUGAUUUGGUGGGCCCCAAACAGUUUUGUGUAUUUUCUCCCAGGAUCAAACUUUUGCUUGACAGACAGAUGCGUAAACCACUUUGACAUGGAGCCACUAUAACUGGUUAUAGUGGAACUAGAAUUCUGAAAAAAGUCAGAAUUCUGUCCUCAAACUCGAAAUUCUGAGUUUAAACUCAGUAUUCAGAAUUCUGAGUGUUAAGUCAGAAUUCUGAAAAAAGUCAGAAUUCUACGAGUUAGAGUUGUUCGUGGAAUUUUUAAGAGGGACGACAUUUCACAAACUGACUUGUUGCGCUGGCAUCCCAUUGCAGUACAAUGCUUGAAUUCGGGAGCUCUUUAACCUGUUCUUUCACCUGAAUUCAAACGUUAACAGGUGUGGCCUAUUUUGGACCAGGUACUGAAUCUAGUGUUUAAGCGAUUCAGCUUCUCAAAAUUAUGAUAGUUGCUGCAAAAUCUGAAAGUUCAUGCAUGUGGAAUUACAAAUAAAGCGAGGAGAGGCACAGAUCCACAGGACUUGCUUGCUUUAAUGUAAAAUUGUCCUUAAAGAUAUAAUAAAUAUCAAUCGAUGACGAUAAGUGAUGUGUGGCCCACCAGGUGAAAAAUAUGACAUGAAACUAAAGUGAAUUACUGUGAUUUUACUGUGUUUAUUGUGAUGCUACACUCUCACUUUUACAAUGUGGAUCCUUUGUUAUUUGUGAUGACUGAUAAAAAUUGUAGUGUGGGAUCUUUCUUUAGCUUCUGAAGGGGGGCAGGUCUGAGAACAAAAUUACUGCAGUACAGUAAGUACUCGUAGCUGCUGAUAUUUUGUCCCCCUCCUAGAUAAUCAUACCAGCAUAAGGUAGCAAGGUUUGAUCCCUAGACAGGCGUUACCAGUCCUUGCUGUUUAUGAAAUUGGUCAAAAAUCUGCACAUAAAGACAUUUUUAAACAUGGUUAACCAGCAACUCAUCACUUGAAUAAAGCAUUGUAUGUUUGUGCGA